CCUGCCGCUCUCUGCCACCACGGGAUUAUGCAACUUCUUCGCAGGACCAAUAUUCUCCGCUGGGGGAAACUUUCUAUCCAUAAAGGACUCAGGGACGAUCUCAGGAGGCAGAUCUCCAGCAGUGUUGUGAGAUGUGCAGGGGUUCCUAUGUCAUACACCCUGCACUCCCCGCCAGACUCCACCAGCAGUCAGCCGCCCCUCAUCAUCAUGCAUGGCCUCAUGGGCUCCAAGACUAACUGGAAGUCAUUGGGUAAAGCCAUCGCCUCCAGGAUGGGCAUGGAGGUGUUCACUGUUGACGCACGGAACCAUGGUGACUCCCCACACACUGACGAUCACAGCUACCCACUCCUGGCAGAAGACAUCCUUCUCUUCAUGCAGCAGCACAGCAUUCCCACUGCAACACUGAUGGGGCACAGCAUGGGUGGCCGUGCUGUUAUGGCCACAGCGUUGAUGGAGCCAUCAGUAGUAGACAGAUUGGUGGUGUUGGAUAUGUCACCUGUUGGCACCUCUAAGAGCAUCUCCAGCCUGCCUCGCUUCCUGGAGAUCAUGCUGAGGAUUGCCGUGCCCCCAGAUCUGUCCCCACCGCAGGCCAAGACACAUGUGGACAACCUGCUCAAGCCUGCCAUACCUGAGGCGGGCAUCAGACAGUUUCUUCUCACCAACCUCACGCAGGCCCCGGAGGGAGGCUACACUUGGAGAGUCAAUGUUAAGGGCAUAGCUAAGAACUUCAAUCCACACAUCUCCACAUUCCCAGCUGCUUCCCUGCCUCACCACUCCUUUGAGGGGGAGACUUUCUUCAUUGCAGGGGCACUCUCAGACUACUUAAGGCCUAAAGAUGAGGAGGCAGUUGAAGAAAUCUUUCCACAAGCUUCAUUCCACUACCUCGAAGGAGCAGGCCACUGGCUACAUGCUGACCAGCCUGCAGCAUUCCUCAACCUACUUUCUCUGGUGCUGCUCCCCUGAUGAAGGCUCUUUGUGCUAGGAAUACUGUAUAUAAAUAAUCUGGGAGUAUAUAUAUGGGGGGAAUUUCAUGUUUAUAUUUGUCUUAAUUUUUUUAUUAUUUAUGUAUUUAUUGAUCUACUUUUAGGUGUUUGUUUUCAUACUUAUAGCACUGUAUAUACUCUCUAUUCUGGCCUUUAUCUCUUCCUCUCCUUUCCUCCAAGGGGACAUACAGAGAGAGAGAGAGAGAGAGAGAGAGAGAGAGAGAGAGAGAGAGAGAGAGAGAGAGAGAGAGAGAGAGAGUGAGUGAGUGAGUGAGUGAGUGAGUUUCAUCUGCUCCUCUUCCUGCAGUAAUAGAAAGCAGUUAAUAUUAAUAAAAUCAACAGAGAAAAUUGUUGCUGGUGCUACGACUAUUACUACUACUACUACUACUACUACUGUGCUAGUUCUGCUUAUUCUUAAUCUUCUUCCUUAAGCUUUUCAUUAUUUUUCUCGUGAAAAGUAAGGAUGAUUUUGAAAUGAAGAAUGAGCAACAGGAAGGAAGGAGUAGAGGAAAUGAAAAUAAAGAUGACUAUUAUUUUCCCACCCA